AUGAACGCGCACUUUCGCCCAUUUAAACAAAAUCACAGCGCGCACAAUCUUGUAUUCUCUCUCUUUUUCUUUCAUUCUCUCUUAUUCUCUCUCUCUCUCUCUCUCUCUCUUAUUUUCUUUCUCGCUUUUCCUUCUCACUCAUACUCUCUCUCACACACUCUCUCUUAUUCACUAUUUCUCUCUCUCUCUAUCUCUCUCACUUAUUCUCUCUCUAUUUCGCUCUUUUAUUCUCUAUCAUAUUCUCUAUCCAUCUCUCUGUCACUUUCUCAUUCUAUCUAUCUCUUUCUUAUUCCCGCCCUUUCUCAUUUUCUCUCUCUCAUUCUCUAUCGCUCUCUCUAUUUCUUUGCUUCUCUCUCUCUUAUUUUCUAUUUCUCUCUAUAUUGCUCUCUCAUUCUCUCUCUUUCCUUCUCACUCAUUUUCUCUCUUAUUUUCUCUCUUAUUCUCUGUCUCUCAUUCUCUCUCUAUCUCUUUCCUUCUCUCUCUACAUUAUUCUCUAUCUUUUUCUCACUGUAUCUCUCUUUCAUUCUCUCUCUUUCCUUCUCACUCAUUUUCUCUCUCUCUCAUUCUCACUCUCUUUUUCUUUAUCUAUCUAUCUGUAGCUCUCUCUCUCAGUCUAUAUCUUUCCUUCUUUCUCAUUCUCUCUCUCAUUUUCACUCUCUUUCUCAAUAUCUAUCGCUCUCUCUAUGUCUUUCUUUCUUUCUUUCUUUUUCUCUCUCUCUUAUUCUCUAUCUUGUUUCUCUCUCUAACAUUCUCUCAUUCUCUCUCUUUCUUUCUCUCUCAUUCUCUCAUUCUCUCAUUCUCUCUCUCUCUCUCUCUCUCUCUGCAAUCCAUCUUAUCCAGCACAAUCCACACACCUCCAUGCCAAACCAGUUGAUUCUCUUCCAUUUUACUUGUCUCGGUUUUCGCGUUCCCUAUUUAACAUCUUUCUCCGCCCGCGACUGCUGCGAAAAUCACCGUAAUAAAAGACGCGAUCGACAGAUUCCGGCACGUCAGCCAAACUGCUGCGACUUUGAUGUGAAAAUUUCAUUUGCCAAACUAGGAAUUUGCUUCCGGCUACCAUUUCCGAGACGAAAAUGUGUCUUCGCAUGA